AUGCAGGCAAGUGGCAUUGUCCUUGCACCAAACUUCCCUCGGCACUUUAAGAUACGCAUAGAAUGUAAUGGUACAGCUCAUGUACACUGGGUAGAUACGAGGAAUUCAGAAGGGGCAGUAGCACCUGAGUCAGCAGAUGAACAAUAUUAUAACUGUUACCAACUCUUAUAUCCUCUACCAGCUACAGAGUCAGAAGCACAAACAGAAAUGCCAUCAGAAUCUGCUGUUAUAAGAGAAGAUAAACUUCGAAUUUUAGAAGCAGGAAGCCACUCCUUUCCAUUUGAAUUCCCUAUACCACCAAAGUUACCAUGUUCAUUUGAAGGGCCUUAUGGACACGUUAGAUAUUGGUUACGAGCAGUCAUAGAAAAACAUUGGAAAUUGAAAGUGAAUGUUCGGCCAUUCAAGAUUACUCCAAAACUUGAUCUCAACAAUGUACCCCACUCAAAUGAAGAGAUUACUAUAUCUAAAAGUUUUCCUCUGUCAACAUUUCUACAACAAUCUGCUUCAGUUUUCGCGUCUGUAAAUCUGCCCAAGAAAGGCUAUGUUUUAGGUGAAACUAUUCCAGUUAAUAUUUAUAUCAAAAACGACAGCAAUAAAAAUUUGUGGGCAACUUCUUUAAAAUUAAAAAUGAAUUUACAUUAUGAAACACCAAGUCAAAGUCGAAAUACAAAAAUCAAUUUGAGUAAAGUAAAACUCGGAAAGGUAUUAGCUGGUGAAACAAUUGAAAGAGUCGGUAAUUUAUCAAUACCUAAUGAUCUACCACCUAAUCUGAAUGGAUGUGGUCUAAUCAACGUUAAAUAUUCCAUUAUGCUCAAAAUCAAGCCAUCCUUAUUUUCAUUGUCAACUUUUAAAACAGCAGUUGAUAUAGUUAUUGGUACCAUACCUUUCAGAUCUAUACCGUCAUCACAUUCAAUGGUCUUUAGUCUACCACCAAGUUAUGGAGAAAUCAUGAAUACCACUGAUUUACCAAGUUAUUAUGAUAUUGUGACAAUAGAAAGUUAGUUAUGGUAUUUAGAGUUGUGUCAUAAUACGUAUAGUCGCGAAAUUAAUAGACCAGAGUAUUUCCAUUGGAAAUCUGUAGCCUACACGCCGAUAAAUUUUGUCUAAACGAUCUUAUGCUUUAUUAAAUAAUGUUAAAACAGCUUUCGCUUAUGAGACGCCUUCGGAAAUUUUUAGCACCUGAACAACGUGUUGCGAAAUUAUCUGGCAUGUUAACAGAAUAAUAUGUUGAUGCCAUCUGAUAAAACAAGGUAUUUUGAAUAGACCUUUUACUUACAUAGAUUAUGUUAGCAGUUAGAAUGUAGAAGAGAGACAAGCAAUGUGCAAUAUGAUGUCUUGGCUUGAAUUACAAGAACAGACCUACCUGUCAUCAGGAACUAUUGAACUAUUGGCUGAAUCCCCGACGUGUUUAUUAUAUAUAGCAGACUUCAUCCAUUCUGAAAAUAAACGAAUUAAAAAUG